CAUCACUACAUUUAAUGCUUCUUCUGAUUCUUGUAUAUUAUUAGCAAAUGCAUCAUCAAAUAAUCUACGAAAUGAACUAGAAAAGUAUUUACUAUUGCCUUUGGAAGAUAAUUCGAAUCUGUUAGUAUGGUGGCAAGUGCAAAAGGAUUAUCCUGCUUUAAGUUUAAUUGCAAGGGACUAUUUGUCCAUACAAGCUACCAGCAUGGCUUCAGAACAGGCAUUCUCUGUAGCCGGUCUGACUAUUUCAAACAAAAGAAAUAGAUUAGAUGAUAAAUCUGCCAGGGCAAUUCUGUGCCUAAAGAGUUGGCUUCAAAAAGAAAUUUGCACUUUGGACAAUUAG